UGUAUUCUAUGAUCGGGGGCCAGUGCAGUCGGUGGCGGACUGUCUCAGCAUUUCGGAGUACAUGCGACAACCUCUGACGGACAGUCGCCCAGUGUAUCUCUUCUGUGUUUCGUCGUGCACUCAGAACGUACCAGAUGAGACUGGGGAUGCGGACAGCCAGACCGAGAAGCAAGAUUCCGAUGGCAUGCAUCAGCAGCCAGCUGAAGAUGCAGACGAAUCCGUAGAGUGCGAUGAUCAAUUACUGGAGUGGUCAGAUCAAGCUACCAACGUGAUAUUACCGGUCGGGGACCCAACGGAGCAGGCAAUGGAGUUAGGAAGGUUUGUCGCGAACUGCCUCGGUGGCGAAGUCAACAGAGAUGAGUUCACCUCAUAUCGGUGGGAGCUGGGAAUUGCAGAAGUACGCCAUGAGAUCAAUUCGAACGUAAUCCCAAUUGGAAAAAUAAAGCUGGGUGGGCAAUUGCAUCGGGCGCUACUGUUCAAAUUCCUCGCAGACCGAAUCGGUUUGCCGACAAAUCUGACUCGCGGAGAGUACGGCCGGUCGUACAAUGAGAUCCUGUUACAAAAUGUGAGUUCAAGUGAAGAUAUUUACUCAGCAUCGCCCUAG